AUGGCCCAGAAAGCUGCAGGCAUGAGAGACAUAGCAGCUCAGAAUAUGGCGAUGCGGGAACUUUUCAUGCAAGCUCAGGGACACCAGAUGCCCCAAGGAUCGUAUCCGGUACAGGAAAUCCCUUUGUCUCAUUCUCGAGGCCAUAUGAGCCGGCACACCGAACGUCCUCUCGAAAGAGAGGAUAACACCGAAGCAACAUCUUAUAUGCAGGAGAGCCACCCAUCAGAACCACUCUUGGGGGACAACUUUCCACAACAUGACCAGAGGCAAGUAAUGCAGAAGAUGGACGCGUCAGGACGCCUACUGAAAUGGGCUAUCGAGCUCGGCGAGUUCGAUCUCACGUUCCGACCUAGACACGCUAUCAAGGGCCAGGCCCUUGCCGAUUUUAUGGUCGAAUUUACCAAAGCCCCAGAAAUGGAGGCCCUGAUGGAACCAGCCGAGCCCCCCGCAUGGAAAUUGUUUGUAGAUGGGUCUUCAGGAGAGGCAGGCGCAGGGGCGGGAAUUGUACUGGAAAGCCCGGAAGGUCAUUUGUUGAAUUGUGCGGUAAGAUUCGGCUUCAGAGCCUCGAACAACGUAGCCGAAUAUGAGGCCCUUCUGGCAGGACUAAGGCUCGCCAAGGAAAUGCAGGUCAGGAAGCUUCUGGCAAGCAGUGAUUCUCAGCUCGUGGUGAAUCAAGUAAAUGGGGAUUUCGCGGCCAAAGAUGAUAACAUGCUCGCAUACUUGAAGCUGGUUCUAGACAUAAUUCCCCAUUUCGAAAAAUUCGAACUGACUCAAGUCCCUCGUCUGGAGAAUGCUCAUGCAGAUGCCUUCUCAAAAUUGGCCAGCAGCGUGAACUCAGAGCUUCUGAACAUCGUCCCCAUUGAGCACUUAUCAAAGCCCUCCACCUUCGAAGGUGAGGAGUUACUGUGGACAGAAGUCACCCCAUUGUGGACGCAGCCCAUAAUGGCAUAUCUAAAAGAGCAAACGCUGCCUGCUUCCAGAAGUGAAGCAAGGAAGUUAAGAAGAAGGGCUGCACACUUCGUCCUUCACGAAGGAACCCUUUACAAGAGGGGCUUUGCCUCUCCCCUUCUUCGAUGUGUGGGCGGCGAAGAGGCCACCUACGUACUCAGAGAAAUACAUGAAGGGAUCUGCGGAAAUCACUCCGGAGGGACGGCUCUGGCACACAAGAAAUGUGACAAAUGCCAGCGCUUCUCGAACGUACAAAGACAGCCUGCGCAGAGCCUCUCUAUAGUGACCAGCCCUUGGCCAUUCGCCAAGUGGGGCAUCGACUUCAUUGGUCCGCUACCAAAGGGUAGAGGGAGCGCAACUUUUGCCAUUGUCGCCAUCGACUACUUCACUAAGUGGGUCGAGGCAGAACCCCUUGCCCUAAUCACCGAAGCCAACACUACGAAGUUCGUUUGGAAAAACGUCAUCUGCAGGUUCAGCAUCCCUCACUCCAUUGUCUCUGAUAAUGGGCGGCAGUUCGACAACAGGAAGAUGCGAGAGUUAUGCGAUGAACUAGGCAUAAAGAAAGACUUCUCGACUCCGCAUCACCCUCAGGCAAAUGGACAGGUCGAAGCAGUGAACAAGACUAUCAAGCACACCCUGAAAAGGAAACUGGAUGCCUCAAAAGGUGCCUGGGUUGACGAACUCCCCCACGUCCUCUGGGCCAUCAGAACGACUUGCAGGACCGCAACGGGUGAGACCCCAUUCUCAAUGACCUACGAAGCCGAAGCGAUGAGUCCGGUCGAGGUCGGUGUCCUAUCACAUCGGCGGAUACAUUUCAAUGAGAUCAGCAACGAUGAGGCGCGCAUAAGUGAACUACACCUCCUUGAGGAAAAGAGAGACGCUUCCCAGAUAACCUUAGCGAAAUACCAUCGUAAGAUGACCCGCUUUUACAACUCCAAGGUUAGAAACAGAACUCUCCGCUUGGGCGACCUUGUUCUCAAAAGGGUGUUCCAAUCUUCGAAACCAACCGGGUCAGGAGUUUUUAGCCCAAACUGGGAAGGCCCGUACCGCAUUCGGGGAGAAUCCCGACCUGGUACUUUCGAGGUCGAAGAUAUGUCUGGAAGGGUGUUACCUCACAAGUGGAACAUAGAGCACUUGAGAAAAUAUUACCAGUAA